AUGACGAUCACCGCCCAACAAAACGCCUUCUUUGAGGCUUACUUCGCCAUAAAGCCGGCGCCGUGCAUCAAAGAUAUUGUGGCUCUCGGAGCCCUUACUGGCAUUCGUGUCAACGAUAUCAGCAUCUGGUUCAGAAGACGUCAACUCCUCGAGAAUCGACGCCCGCAACGCCAGGAGCGCACAUCAGAGAGUGAGCUCGAGGAGCAGAGCAUGGAGCAGCUUCAGCGUGAACACGAAGCACUCUGGGCGCGAAUCGCCGAGAGUCAUCGCGCAAUCGUCAAUCGGAUGGGGAUCGAGGAGCAGUAA